GGUGGAAUGUGGGGAGGUGCUGUCCCUGGUUACUAGGCUGAUUUUUCGUGUGGCGGUUGAUUGAGGGUCAGUGCCGGUGCGGAAUUCGCUGAUCCUCCCCGUACACACCCACCGGCUUCCGGGAAGCUGGAGCGCGGUCUCUCGGUCCCUUUUACUAAACGUGGCUGGCGUCUCGACUAGUUUCGACAUUCGAGCCGCCGGUUUCGGGCCUGUGACUGUGGCGGCGAGAAGCAGUUCCCUGGGGAAUCAUGUGAGGAGGAAGAGGCGGUGAGAUCGUGCGGUGGGUGAAGGAUGGAGGAGAAAUACACCAACAACAUCAUCUCCAGCACCAGGCUGGGCCCUGUGGAUGCGCCCAGCUCCAGGUUUACACGAUACAUCACACUGCUGUGCCUGGCUAAGUUCCUUAAAGUUAUUGGGAUUUUUGAAUCAUAUGACCUCCUUAAAGUUGUCCAUAUUGUCCAGUUUGUCUUCAUAAUCCAGCUGGGAUCUGCGAUAUUCUUGGUUUUAUUUCAAAAACCAUUUUCUACCGGCAAACCAAUAUCGAGACGGCUGUGGGUCAAGAUCGGUAAACAUGCAGUUGGUGGUUGCAUUAUUUUGCUGUUGUGGUUCUUUGGACUCACACUUUGUGGACCCUUGAGUGUUGCUGUUACUCCAUACUUUUCAGAAGCCUUUACAUUUGUGGAAUUGUUCUAUGGUGUGUGGACCAACAGUCUUGGCCUUAUCUCUGAUGGUUUCCACAUGCUGUUUGACUGCUCAGCACUAGUCUUGGGCCUCUUUGCAGCCCUAAUGACCAGAUGGAAGGCAACUCGAAUUUACUCUUAUGGAUAUGGACGUCUUGAAAUUCUGUCUGGAUUUAUUAAUGGACUUUUUCUAAUGGUUAUAGCAUUUUUUGUUUUUGUUGAGUCUGUGGCUAGAGUCUUUGAUCCUCCAGACAUCGAUACAGAAAUGUUAACACCUGUUUCCAUUGGGGGUCUGAUAGUGAACCUGAUUGGUAUCUGUGCCUUUAGCCACGCCCAUUCCCAUGGUGGUUCUCGAAGCAGUUGUUCUUCACAUGAGCAUGGCCACAGUCACGGACAUGGGCAUUCUCAUGGCGAUCAUGGACAUGGAGGAGGACAUGGCCAUAGCCAUAGCCACAACCAUGGUCACUCCCAUGGAUCUUCAGGUGGUGGAAUGAAUGCUAACAUGCGAGGAGUAUUUCUGCACGUGCUGGCAGAUACGCUCGGCAGUGUUGGAGUGAUCAUCUCAUCUCUUCUAAUUCGUCAGUUUGGAUGGCUAAUUGCUGAUCCUAUUUGCUCUCUUUUCAUUGCUAUAUUAAUAUUUCUAAGUGUUAUUCCACUUAUGAAAGAUGCUUGUCAAUUAUUGCUGCUACGGACGCCACCAGAACUUGAGAAGCAACUCAUUAGUGCCCUAAAUAAGAUCCAGAAAAUUGAAGGUGUUCUAUCUUAUCGAGAUCCUCAUUUCUGGCGCCACUCAGCCAGUGUAAUAGCAGGAACCCUGCAUGUGCAGGUCAUGCCAGAUGUUGUGGAGCAGAGAAUUGUACAGCAGGUGAUAGCUGCUUUAAAAGAUGUUGGUGUAAAUAACUUGUCGGUUCAGGUGGAGAAGGAGUCCUACUUCCAGCAUAUGUCGGGUCUGAGUACAGGUUUCCAAGAAAUCCUUGCUAUGACACAGCAAAUGGAAACUGUAAAACUUUUAAAAGAUGGUACUUACAUUAUGUGACCAAAACCCUGAAAUACAUCUUCCUGGGAGCUCCAGAAAAGCAACAACACUUCAAUGUACUAACGGUUUUAUAUAAAAUAUAUUUAUUUUAAGAAAACCUGUGCAGAAUUAUAUGCAUUAUAUUGAUAUAUCUCGUUUUUCUUUCUGAUGUGGAUUUGUUAACAGAAAUUCAAAGAUCUGAUAGCAGUAAAAAGGACAACUUUAGCAUUAAAUGUAUUGUGUAAAAAAUAUAUUCUGAAUUUAUAUUAAAUGGGCCAACAGGCAUUAUCCUGAUGUUUACAUUUUAGCAAUAAAUAUUAGAUUUAUAAUUCCCUUUAUGUACAUUUUGGUUAUGCAAAGAUUGCAUUAAGUUUAGAAUAGAGGUGUCAAAAUAGAUAGAUAACUCCAAACAUUUGAACGAGACUUGUACUUAUUUUUAAAACUGUGUGUUUUAUGUGGAAUUAGAUUGCUAAUGAUGUACCAACAAUUAACUGGUAAUAUCAGUUGUGUCUGUCCUUUAUUUAUAUUUUGCUUCUAUAUUUUGUGUCCAAAUCCUGUGGAUUUUUUUCUCGCUGUUAAUUCAUGUGUUGAAAAUACUGAAUCAUCUUUUCUUGCAUAAAGAUGUUUGGAAAAGCAAAGAGAGAAGCUCCUGACUAUUCUACAGACUUCUGUGGCCGUACUAUGCGUUAUCAUCCACAGGUUUCCACUGCCCAGGCAAAUAAAAUUUUAAAUUUUGAUUUGAUUUUCCUCCAUCUAAGCCAGCAAUGGUUGGAACAAUCAUGUCUCCUUGCUACUCAGCAUACUUUGGUUACCAAGGAAGAGAUAGCACUUGCAUAAGUUUUCCGUGUCACUCUGUCGUUUUCCAAGAUACUUAGCCAAAGCUGACAGAAUUACUCCCUGUAUAAACCGGAAUUUAACUUGGACCCCCUACUUCAGAACUCUGCCUUUUAAUAUUCUAACUAUGAUAACCAUAAAAUGUUUCUCUAUAAAUCAGUGAUUUUUUGGAGUUACUUUGGAGUUUAAAAUGGGACCUAAAUGUCAAUAAAUUUGUUGUCCACACAACAAUUGUGUAUUAUAA